CAACGUACGUAAACGAAUUUAUUAUUCACCGUUCUCCCAUUCUAAACACAAAAGAAAGCCACACUUGCAGCACAAUGAAAAUACAUCUAUAACAUACUUUGCGUAAGAAAUAAAACAAAAACAUCAACAACGAGUGCAACUUAUCAUCCACGCGUCAUCGAUCACAAUAAAACCGAGCACCUGCAAAAACAGACACUGCUCGAUCUUUCGCAAUCGACAAAAUCCCCCUCACCUAAAAUCCCUCCACGAACCCAUCGAAACCAAAAAGUAAAAAAAAAAAAAAUUCCGAAAAUUAAUCGCCGAGGGACUCGAAGAACAAUCCCCCGCGACGCGAGCAUACGUACCUGCUCGGUCGCGCGGCGACGCGCGCGCGAGUACCUCGUCGGUCCUCCCGAUGGCUCGUACGCUCACUCACUCAUACUCGUAUACCGCGACUCGUACGUGAAACGACGCAUACAUCGAGGAUCGCGGGCCGUGGCCUCGCGUCGGUAGUACUCGUAGAUCGCGAUCGGGCGUUCCGUGGGGACGAGCCGCUCAGUCUCAGCUCGUCGGCCGCCGUGAACGGAUCUAUCGGGCACGCUCGGUCGAUCACACGGUCAGCAUCGUGUUUACUUCCGGCCCCUAUCGUGGUACCGCAGCGCAACCGGAAAUGUCGACGAAACGAGCCAGGCACGGGGGACGUCGCACCCGCGUGCCAACGCACUCCUGAGCACCACCAACCAGGACUUCCUCGUCUCGCCACCGGGGAUAACCCUUCCUCUCUUCUCUCUCUUCCCUCUUCUGUUUCUCUACCGACCUACCCUCUCGUCUUUCUCUCUCUCUCUCUUUCUCUAUUCGACACCCGUCCUUGUCCCUGUCCUCAUCCGCGAGUCCACCCCGGUCCUUCCGCUCGUCGCCGGUCGCGUCCUCGAGGACGUUGCGCCUCGAAACGUAAUCCGGUGAGGACAGUGGUGGUUCCAUGCGGUCGCACGUGGAUUAUCGUCGGCUGUUAUCGGGAUACGGAGUGCACGGCUUGGUGAACAGGCCUCGAACGACGACGACGGUGCGUCACCGGCACGGCUCGUGAGGCGGCUGUUGGUUUCGUCGUAAAGGCGAACCGGUUCGACCGAUCGGGAAAGCAGCGUCUAGCUCGCGUCUCGAUAUAACCACGACUGACGUCAGGAGCGGGUACCCGCUCCAACAACAACAGCAGCCGCAGCAGCAGCAGCAGCAGCCAUCCUCGUUGUCACCGAUGUCGACUCUGGUGUGCUGCGAGCCGGUCUCGGCCGGACGGUCCCGGGACAAUCUGAAGCUGGUUCUGAACCGCAGCCUGAGCGAGCCAGGACCGCCAGCCAGCGCGUCCACGUUCUUGUCCUCACCGACGUCCACGGUUUCGCCUAGCUCGUCGACCAGCAGCGGCGUGGACAGCUGUAUCGCCAGCGACGGCACAGAGUGUAGCCUGAACGCCAGCGGAAGCAGCAUCAGCGGCUGCAGCAGCUCCAGCAGCGGCACCGACUGCGAGCUUCCGUUGUCCGACGUGCAUCGCCACUACCAUCAUCUCCAUCACCAUCACCACUUCCAUCAGCAUCAGCUGUCCGUAUCGAAACGCUGCAAACUGGAGACCGUGAGCCUACCGGCUAGCCCCUGUUCCGAGAACAACACGCUGCAGAGACAGCUGGUGCUCGAGAGAACUAAGACCAUCACCGCUGAUGAACUGGUGAACCGUCUCUUCACCCGGGACCCUGACAGUCCCGUCUUGCUGGACUGUCGCCCGUUCAUACUGUACAACGUGAACCACGUCAGAGGGGCUAUUAACGUGAACUGCUCGGAUCGGUUCAACCGCAGGAGGCUGCAACUGGGCAAAGCGAGUCUGGCUGACCUGGCCAACACCAGGGAAGGCAAGGAGCUGUUGCGUAGAAGGCAUUACAGGGAGGUGGUCGUCUAUGACGACUGCACCGACGAUGUCGACCGACUGCCUGUUCAGCAUCCCCUGUUCCUCGUCCUCGUCGCGCUGCUGGAGGAUAACAGAGAGCCUGCUCUACUUUUGGGUGGACACAAGGAGUUCCACAGGCGGCAUAGGGACCUCUGCGAGGACACUCUUCUCCCAGCAGUCGCAGCUGGUCCGUCCACAGUGGGCAGUUGUUCCAGCCCUGGGCCAGGCUGUCCGGUAAUAAGUCUGUCUGGACCACCGACUCCCCAACCUGCGGAUAUCGAUAGUCACCCGGCCUCGAGGGUUCUGCCGUUCUUGUACCUCGGGAACGGCAGGGACGCGGCCGAUCUGCAACUUCUUCGCGCGCUAGGUGCCACCAGGGUCCUCAACGUCACUUCACAGCUGCCUGGGUAUCACGAGGAAAGGGGUAUCACGUACAGACAGAUCCCUGCCUCGGAUUCUGGCCACCAAAACCUUAAACAGUACUUCGAGGAGGCGUUCGACUUCAUCGAGGAAGCCCGAAAAGCCGGAAGCAGCGUGUUAGUGCACUGCCAGGCCGGAGUGUCGCGCAGCGCGACGAUCGCGAUCGCGUACAUAAUGCGGCAUAAGGGCCUGUCCAUGGUAGAAGCGUACAAGCUGGUGAAAAACGCGAGGCCCAUCAUCAGUCCUAACCUCAACUUCAUGGGCCAGUUGUUGGAACUCGAACAGGGUCUGAGGGCAUCCGGCGGAGUGGUCGCCGCCCCUGAGGAACCGAAAGGCUGCCACCAGUGUCGCUGGUCUCAUCAACAGAACAGCGAGGAGGUGACGUCCGGUUGCAGCGUCUGAGUCGAGCGAAAUCACCAGGCGAGGAUCACCCGGUUCUCUCGCGUGGACAUCGGGUUCCAGCAGAUGAGAAAGAAGGGAGGAAAACAGAAGAGCCCACGCGCGGUUUGCGAGGCCGUCUCGACGUGCUGCGUCCAAGGACGCGGUCGAAAGACAUACUCUACACAUAUCCUACCGUAUAUCCGUUAAACGAACCGAAGUCGUCGUUCUUCCUGUUUCACACACGUGCGAAGAACUCGGAUCAUACCUUGCUACACGUGCCUUGGCGAUCGGCCCUAGAAACGGGAAAGGCUGAUUUACAGAGACACUUUAUUUCUAUUACCGAAUAACUUAUUCAGUGGAAAAGGAUGAGGACGUUCUACAAAAGAAAAAAAAAUAAAUAAAUAUUAUGAGAGAGAGAGAUCGCGUGGUUGAGCUGUGAACGGUGAGGUUAGAAAUGCGAAGCAAAGAUGUCGCGCGUGACGUAUAUGUUAUAUAUAGACGUUUUCCAUUUUACGGAACCCGAGGACCAACAAUGAUGACGCAGCCAUGCUUUUGGUUAUCACCUGCGCGCGCACCAGUUCCUCACCGUGCACUCGUCAACGACGCGAGCUCCUCCGCGUUGCGAAUUAUUUAUGUGUGGAAGGAGGGAGUGGAAAAUGGAGGGACGUUCACGCGGCGCUAGUUACGGAAGCUUCGUGCAAUCGUCGUGAGGAAAGAGGUGGUGUACUUACGCGACAGUGUUCCGUAGUUCUAUUGGUACAAAAUAUACGUGGUAAGAGGCGCGUUCGUCACAGAAAAUCGUCGUGAAUAUUUUUUUGUUUCUUGCGUUAGUCGGUUGCAGUAGCGAGAGUAUGUAUAUUUGAUUUUAAAGAUGAUACACGGUGUUCCACUUUACUUGGAAAGAUCUAUGCGUUUGUAAUUUAGAAAGUCGAUUUUAUUCUUUCUCGUCCCUUUUAUAUGUGUACAUUUUUGUUUUAAAACGUGUCAGGUGUCCUCGUAUCGAAACGAUUAUUCGGCGGUAAUUACACAUUUUAGAUGCGUUCGGUUAAAUUCUGUUCGAUUAGAGGAGAAUCGUAUUGUAUUCAGGGACACUGCUUCUGAAACGCUGUUGCGGCACGAACUCAGUCAGAUUAUGACGGAGUAAUUGCACCCGGGGUGUCUCGCAGAAUUAUUCUUAUUAUUCUUAUUAUUAUUAUGUUCUUUUUUGGUUUGCCAUCUAAAGACGCGCACGCGCAAAUGGACAGCUAAAAAGGUGGGAUGAAUGUACGUCAAUUGAGAUCAAUAAUAACUAUGUUUGCGUUUUUGCCUUUUGCCUAUUUGUAUCUCUGUAUUCGUAAUAUUACAUUAUUCGAUAGCGAAGUGGUUUAUAUUUGAUAAAAUAAUAUAUCGUUAACCGGAAUUAGCUUAACCACGAGCUCCGUAGCAUUUAAGGAUCUGGUUGAGAUCCAACCAUCGUGAUCUAGUCGUUUGUUGGGAUGUAACUGAUGAUGAUGAUAUGUAAGGUGCGAAAGAGAGAACGAGAGAGAGGGAGAGAGUUCAAAUACCCCGCCAACUAAUUAGAUUAAUGUAAGAACGUCGUCGACAACUCGAGGGACAAACAAUGCGAUUUUAAAAGCGUAAUUAAGAUGCCAAACACGGAUUUUUAGUUCGGAUUCGACGAGUUUCAAGCUUCGGAUAACGUUCUAUGUAGUAACCAAAAUUAUCAUCUGCCGAUCUUGAAAUGUACAUAAAGAAUAAAUACUAACGCACGAGGUACGAAUUAACGAUACUUGAACCGUUCUAAUCGAUGCACGAACAUCGAGUUCAAAUAGUUUGUAUUGCCAGAAAGUUGCCUUCGUUGGUCCUCCGUUCGAGUUAUAAUCGCUUAUUGCGCAACGCGAAUGCGCACACGAAACCUAACCUUAUCGCUGUGUUUAUCGUAGGUUAUACUUUUGCAACGUUUCAGCGAUAAUCUGUACGAUGACGAAAGUUUAGAAAUUAACGUGUCAUUGACGUUGUACAAAACACGACUGCUGGAGGGACAUUAUUACGUAUUUCGUUGAAUCGGUUCGUCGAGUUUGCAAAUUCUUUGAUAUCGAUGUGCGUACAGCCUUAUUACCGUUAGACGAAUUGUGCCGCACGGAGGGAGAUUCCUCGUCUAAGAACUUGGUUUGUGCUAACGAUGGAAGUAUUAUGGGAAUGGAAAAAGCGUUUUUCCUCGCGUGGCACGAUUCAUUUGAAACGCGUGUAUAUCUAGCUUUUAAUCGCUUCUGUCUUAAUACCGCAACGAGUGAUCCUCGUUCGUUCUUGAGAACUGGCGAGAGUAAAUAUCGAUUGUUCAGCAUAGUAAUAAACCUGGGGAAUAGAGAAAAAGAAUCGUGCGCGUAGUUCGCUUCAAUCGUCGAAAUACCUCGAACAACGGCCUAAAUAGGACGUUGGUUAAACGUUAAAAGAAAAAAAAAAAAAAAAAAAAAAAAAAAAAAAAAAAAAAAAA